AUGUAUAUUACACAGGAGGAACUGAACAAGACCCAAAUUCCAUUGCAAUGGCGAGAUUAUUGUGUGCAUCUGCUUUCUGAACUGAAUCAAUGUCGUCGUGAAAGUUACUUUGCUCCAUGGAAAUGUGUAGAGGAAAAACUGGCCUGGCAAAAAUGUCAAUAUGACGACUAUCAUCGGCGUAUGCGCAAACUUGAAAAACGAAAGAUUGCAAAGGAAGAAGAACGUUUGGCUGCUGCUGUUUCGGAUAUCUAAGUUGAACACUAGUUGAUUCAACUCACAAUAUUACACUAGUUUAAAUGUGUGGUGACCAUCAAAAUCAAAUGAAAUCACCCAACACAUCUACGUA